UAUUGAUAAGAUAUAACUUUCCAAAACCAUGUCAUUAUGCUAAUCUUCUGUAACCUAUAUUUUUCUCUCCUCUUCUCUCCUCCCUCUCUCUCAUUAUGGGAUGAAUUAAUAUAAACAUAUACUGAUUCAAAAAGGAAGUCAUAAUAAGUGCCUAUUAUACUAAUAUAGGUAAUGUACAUUAGAUAGAUUCAUGACUCAAUUGCCCUUUGGAAAAGCCCUGUUUUUAUUACUUCAGAAGACAGUAAUAGUGAAAGAAACCAGAUGUCCUUUAGGAAGCCAUUCCAAAGGAUCAGAGCAGCCACUGAAAAGGAACACCAGCAAGCCUUAUUCCUCCACAUUGCCCUACAAUGGAGAACCACUAAUAGUUUCUCCCAGGUAGAUUAAACUGGGAAAUAACUGCAGAUAGCUAGGCACCAAGCCAAGUAACUCUUUAUAGGUCCUCAAUUUACAACCACAAUCGAGACCAGAAUUUCUGUUGCUAAUCAAAGGGAGUUGUUAAGUGAGUCACACCUGAUUUUAUGAGGUUGAUCUCUCCUGCCACCUCACCAAUGACUGAGUGGAACUGUUCAUCGAGAAAGAAACAGAACCACUGGACAGAGGACUCUUUGCAGGUGAUCCAGAGGAUACCAUGGGACAUUUCUAGAGUAGAUAGUAAAAUGAGCCAUAAGGGCUUUGAAAACAAUGCAAUGAUUUGUAGAGGUCAAUGUGACUUUAUUAGGAAAAAAUAUAAUCAGACUAAUGAUCUUUUUCAUUAGCUGAGUUCAUCAAUAUGUUGUGAGAAUGCUGUGGGCAGGAUAAACAUUGUCUUUUAAAAACAUUUGACAGAGUUCCCCAGGACAUUCUGUUUUAACAAGAUAGUUAAAUUGCAUAACAUAGAUUCCCAGUUCAUUUGCAAACAGCAUUCAUAAAGUGAUCAUCAGUGGUUUCUUCUCAAAGUCAAAUGAGGUGUCAAGUAAGCAGGGUGAGACGGUCGGGGUCUUCCCGGCUGCAGCCACACCACGAACGCCGGGAUGCUGUCACUGGACUUUCUGGACGAUGUUCGGCGGAUGAAUAAGCGGCAGCUGUACUACCAGGUUCUGAACUUUGGGAUGAUCAUUUCCCCAGCACUGAUGAUCUGGAAAGGGUUGAUGGUGGCAACGGGCAGCGAGAGUCCCAUCGUCAUUGUCCUGAGUGGCAGCAUGGAGCCCGCCUUUCACAGAGGAGAUCUCCUGUUCUUGACCAACCGCAUUGAAGAGCCGAUCAGAGUGGGGGAAAUCGUGGUUUUUAGGAUAGAAGGGAGGGAAAUUCCAAUCGUGCAUCGGGUCCUGAAAAUCCAUGAAAAACAAAACGGCGACAUCAAGUUUUUGACCAAAGGCGACAAUAAUGCAGUUGAUGAUCGAGGCUUAUACAAACAAGGACAACAUUGGUUGGAGAAGAAAGAUGUGGUUGGAAGAGCAAGAGGGUUUGUGCCGUACAUUGGAAUAGUAACCAUCCUAAUGAACGAUUACCCUAAAUUCAAGUAUAUGGUCCUUUUCCUCCUGGGCUUUUCCUCCUCGUCCAUCGAGAGUAACCCAUCACUGGCGGAGGCAAAGACCACCCCCUCCGAGUAGGCUGGGAUGUGAAGUGUGUCCAUUUCGCUGCUUCUUAAUCCGGAUUUGGGCGUGGUUUUUUUUUGUUUUUUUGUUUUCUACGACUGCUGUGUCUUGGGCAGGUUAAAAAAAAGAGCCUUGAUAGUACAGGGGUUUAGUGCACCCUGUAAUUAACACAGCUGCCUGCAAUUUCUGCUGGUUCGAAUCUCUCCAAGGCUCAAGGUUGACUCAGCCUUCCAUCCUUUCUAAGGUAGGUGAAAUGAGGACCCAGUUUGUGGGGGCAAUAAGCUGACUUUGUAUAAAACAUACAAAAGAAUGAAGGCUAUUGCUUAACGCAUUGUAAGCCGCCCUGAGUCUCCGGAGAAGGGCGGCAUAUAAAUCAAAUUAAAAAAAAAAAAAAGUAUUGGCUAUAUAAAUUACUGUAAUUUUUUUAAGGUGAGAUGCUAUUCUCCCUUGGUCCACCAUGGUGACAAGGACUCCUACUUUUGGGAUUGUUAACCCUUAAUGUGACAGGCAUCAAGGCUGGGUGGUGAGGAAGUUGUAACUUUCUUUUAUAUGUUCACAGAAUGUUCCACCACAAGGAAUCAUUUGCAAGGGUUCAUGGUCUUCACUGGCUGCUCAACAAAUAAUCAAAAACGUGGGAGAAGAUCACUUUUCCCAACUGCCACAUGUAGCCUUAUCUGAUGAUGGUGGGGGCUCUGUGUUAUCCCUUGUCACAUCUGAAUAAAUGUCUGAAAGUGAUUUAA